AGUUUUAAGCAUGCCACGGCAGAUUUACAGUGGGCAACACAUGCACCGCUGCUCGCUGUCAUCGAUGUUAACGCCAACCUCUACGUUUAUCACGUUGAUAAAGAAUGUAACGUGACGAAAUAUUUGAAUAUAAUUCGUAAGGAAAAUUCAGUUCCGUUUGGUGUCACACCGCGAAUCUCCUGGUGUCCAUUUAUACCAGAACCCGAUGAUUCACAUGAAGACCUACACAUGAUCGCUGUUUAUUUCGUUAGGGAACACGGUGGAAGUGAUAUCGUUGAGUGUGAUAAAAUCAGAGUUGCAGUGCGAGGAAGCCACUUUAGAGAUGUGCAUGGCAGUGAACGAUGCCGUGAUAAAACUGCCCAUUGA